AUGCUGCGCAUUUUCUUUGAUCAUCCGUCAGUCCGUUUGUAUAUCAGUGAAUACUUGCACAUUGCUGUCAAAUGUUCCCUCGUCGAUGUUGCAAAAUUGCUGAUGAGUUACCCCGCCAUCGAAAUUCAACAAUGUGACAAGGCUGGACGCACUCCUCUAUAUCAUGCCAUUCAGAAUGGCGACAUUCCUAUGGUGGAAAUCUUUCUUGGCCGCCCUGAAAUAGGCGCUAUUACGCAAAGCCCCAUGAAGACAUCCCCAUUGGGAAUCGCCAUAGCUUGCCGCAACGUGGCAGUUGUUGAAAAGCUUCUGGAGCCUGGCACCAUAUCCCUCAAGGAAUUGGCUAUUGUGAUAGGACCGGCUCUAGAAUAUGCCAUUGAGCACGGCAAUCGGGAUGUUGUUGCAGUGCUUCUUGACCAUCCCCGAGUGAAGGCGAGGGUUACUCGAUUGGACGCCGAACACAAGUUUUUGAAUCUGGCAAUGAAGAGUUGCAAUCUGGCUACAGCUGAUGUGUUGAUGAACGACAUUCGAAUAUCGAAUCGCCUACGUGACCAGCGUGGUAGAACAGCUCUUCACUUAGCAAUAGGAGCUUCCUGGAAAUCAAGUGAUGAACGAUUGGCAGCCAUCAGAGCUCUUGCAAAAGUCCCAAGGCUAGCCAAUAUGCUGGACUACCAGAAUGCAGCCCCGCUACACCUAGCUGCGCAGAUGAACCUUGCCGAUGUCGUGAAGCUUCUGGUUAGGACCUCGCGCCAACGUAUCAAUUGGCAGAACUCCGAAGGGCAAACACCAUUACAUCUGGCAUCUGCCAGUGGCGGAAGCGAAAGCCUCAUUCCACUUCUAGCUUGUGCCGCGAUUCCUAGUGUCGAAGACAACAAGCAAAUGACUCCUGUGAACAUCGCAAUUAAGACAAGGAAUGAUGACGCCCAGCGCUUGCUUUACAAUUACAGUGCAAGCCUAGACAGCAUCGGCGAGGGCUUGCUUACACCCCUGCAUUAUGCGGCUGAGCUUGGCGAUACCCACAUUGGAAAGCUUCUUCUCAUAGAGCAUCCUCUUUUACUGAACCGCCGGGAUGGUGACGGAAGAACUGCUCUCCAUCUGAGCAUCAUUCACAAGAAUUCCGAAUUCGUGUUACUGCUUCUCAGUAUGGGAUCUGUCAUCUUUGAUCAGCAGGAUAUAUUCAAUAAAACACCCCUUCGGUAUGCAGAGAUCAAUGGGGACAAAGAUGUCCAAGAUGUGAUUUUGAAGAUGCUGCGGGGAAGCCUCACCAGAGAGAUAUUAUAG